GGGCGCAAAACUGAAAACCCUAUAAUCCUCUCCGAAAACCUACGCCAUUCUUGCGCCGCCGCCGCCUCCUCCUCCGUCUGCCUCCACUCCUCCCUGCUCGCUCGUCCCUCAUCGGCCGCCGCCGCCCUCCACCGUCAAGAUGAACAAGGAGAGGCUCAUGAAGAUGGCGGGCGCCGUCCGCACGGGCGGGAAGGGCACCAUGCGCAGGAAGAAGAAGGCCGUCCACAAGACGGCGACCACGGACGACAAGAGGCUGCAGAGCACGCUCAAGAGAGUGGGGGUCAACACCAUCCCUGCAAUCGAGGAGGUCAACAUCUUCAAGGACGAUCUCGUCAUUCAGUUCUUGAGUCCCAAAGUGCAAGCAUCCAUCGCGGCAAACACAUGGGUGGUCAGUGGAUCUCCACAGACGAAAAAGCUACAAGAUGUUCUUCCUCAGAUCAUUAACCAACUGGGUCCGGACAACAUGGAGCACUUGAAGAGGAUUGCUGAAGAGAUGCAGAAGCAGGUAGCUGCAGCAGGUGCUGCUGCACAGGCAAAGGAAGAUAAUGACGAUGACGUUCCAGAGCUUGUUCCUGGGGAGACUUUCGAAGAAGUAGCUCAGGAGACAAAAGCAUAAGACUCCAAUAGUGAAAUGUUACUUGACCACGGUUAUGAGCUCAUGGUUUUCAGUGAUGGCACUCUUUUGCACCCUCCUCUUAGGCCAGCCGCUGUUUGUAUUUGCAGUUGGAAACUUCUAGUUUCUCCAAGCUUUUACCUAAGGUUAUGCAUGUUGAAAUGCCAUGGAAUCCAUUAAACUGCUUUUUGGUUA